AUGUCGGUGCCUCUGCGGAACCUGAAGCUGUUCCGCAGCAGCACGGAGGAGGUGUCCAGCGGGGAGACCCCGCAGACGGGCCGGACCUCCGGGGAGAGCCCGCGGGCCGCUCGGGGCUCCGGGGAGACCCCGCAGAGGAGCGGGCCGAACGAGCUGAGCACCUCCUACGGUCCUGCCUCCGCCUCCUCCAGCUCAUCCCACCGCAGUCUGACCGAGGACACGACCGCCACCAGCUGCCGGGGGUCUUCACUGCACCGAGCGGCCUCAGGUCCGUUCCCCAGCAGCCUCGUGGCUGGGAGAACGGCUUUCUCAUCAUCUCCUCACCUUUCAGGGACGAGCUGCUCCUCUGCUUCGACCGCCUCCGAUGCUUCUGUGAUGGUGGCCGUGGUGGAGGGCCGCGGACUGGCCCGGGGGGAGAUCGGCAUGGCGAGCCUCAACUUGAAAUGUCCAGAGCUGGUUCUGUCUCAGUUUGCAGACACGGGGACCUACGCCAAGGUCAUACGCAAGAUUCACAUCCUGAUGCCGGUGGAAAUACUGAUGCCCGACACGGCCAGUGAGAAGGGGAAAGGAACAAAGCUGUUCAAGCUCAUCACUGAGAACUUCACGGCUGUGGCUUUCACUGCGAUCCAAAGGAAGUACUUUAACGAGAGGAAAGGACUGGAGUACAUUCAGCAGCUGUGCGCUCCAGAAUUUGGCACCGUCCUCAUGGAAGUACAGGCUAAGUAUUAUUGCCUGGCAGCUGCGGCCGCUCUGCUGAAAUACUUAGAGUUCCUCCAGAACUCUGUUUACGCUCCCAAGUCCCUCAAAGUCGUCUUUAAAGGGAGCGAGCAGACGGCCAUGAUCGACUCGGCGUCGGCUGCUAACUUGGAGCUGGUGGUCAACAAUCGAGAUCACAGGAGCGAUCACACUCUUUUAGGUGUACUCAACCACACCAAGACCCCAGGGGGGGCCCGGAGGCUGCGCUCCAACAUCCUGGAGCCGCUGGUGGACGUGGACACCAUCAGCAUUCGCCUGGACAGCAUACAGGAGCUGCUGCAGGACGAGGAGCUCUUCUUUGGCUUGAAGAACGCCGUAGGUCAUUUCCUCGACAUCGACCAGCUGCUGUCUGUUCUGGUCCAAAUCCCCAAGCAGGAAACGGUUCAGGUCGCCGAAGCAAAAAUUACGCACGUCAUCCAGCUCAAACACACUCUGGAUCUGGUCCCACAGCUAAGGGUGGCCUUAAAGAACUGCAGCACGGCUCUGCUCAAGGCGUACAGCAACACGCUGGAGGAUAACAGGUUCGACACGAUCCUGGAGCAGAUCAAGACGGUCGUCAAUCAUGACAUAACCUACCUGAAGGGGAGCCUGAACAUGCGUUCCCAGAAGUGUUACGCCGUGCGCCCCAACAUCAACGAGUUCCUCGACAUCGCCAGGAAGGCGUACACCGAGAUCGUGGACGACAUCGCAGGGCUGGUGAGCCAGAUGGGGGAGAAGUACGGCUUCCCGACGCGCACCAGCUUCAGCACGGCCCGAGGUUUCUUCAUUCAGAUGAAGCUGGAGGGGGCGGGGCUCCCCGAGGGGAAACUCCCCGCAGAGUUCAUCAAGGUGACCAAACACAAGAACAACUACAGCUUCACCACCGCAGACCUGAUGAAGAUGAACAGCCGCUGUGACGAGGCGCUCAGGGAGAUCUUCCACAUGUCCUACGUGGUGAUCUGCCAGCUGCUCUCCACUGUCCACGAGCACAUCCACUGCCUGUACAAGCUGUCCGACGCCGUCUCCAUGCUGGACAUGCUGCUGUCGCUGGCCACUGCUUGCACCCUCUCAGACUACGUUCGCCCGGAGUUCACAGACACGCUGGCCAUCAAGCAGGGCCGCCACCCCAUCCUGGAGCGGAUCGCCGGCCAGCAGCCCGUGGCCAACAACAGCUACAUCUCCGAGGGGAGCAACUUCGUCAUCAUCACAGGGCCCAACAUGAGCGGCAAGUCCACCUACCUCAAGCAGGUGGCGCUGUGUCAGAUCAUGGCUCAGAUAGGCUCCUUCGUCCCUGCGGAGUACGCCUCCUUCCGAGUCGCGGACCAGAUCUUCACGAGAAUCGGCGUCGAUGACGACUUUGAAACCAACUCCUCCACUUUCAUGUUGGAAAUGAAGGAGGUUUCGUACAUCAUCCACAACGCCAGCGACCGGUCGCUGAUCAUCAUCGACGAGCUGGGGCGAGGCACCAGCGCCGAGGAGGGCAUCGGGAUCUGCCAUUCGGUCUGCGAGUUCCUCCUCAGCCUGAAGGCCUUCACUCUGUUUGCCACGCACUACCUGGAGCUGUGCCAGCUGGAGGCGCUCUACCCCAACGUGGAGAACCAGCACAUGGAGGUCCAGCACACCCGGAGCGCCGACACGGGCCAGGAGAAGGUGGUGUACACCUACCUGCUGAACCGAGGAUGCUCCGAGGAGAGGCACUACGGUCUGAGAGUAGCAGAAAUGACGGCGCUUCCGCCGAGCGUGAUCCAAGAAGCAAAGGCAAUCGCUGCUAAAGUCAGCCAGCAGCUGCUGGCCAGACAUCACAGCGACCCGGAGUCUCAGAGGCAGAGGGCCGUGUACCACUUGGCCAAUCGUCUUCUGCAGACAGCCAGGAACUCCCGGCUGGACCCCGACAGCCUGCGCAUGUAUCUGAAGGGCCUGAAGAAGCAGUAUGAGGCCGAGCUGCCGGCCGCAGGGCCCGGUGUGGCCGUCGACUCAGAGGAGGAGUGAAGGAUCCGGUCCUCAUGGAAGACUUGAUUACAUGUGUAUUUUUAAGAAAUCUAGUUGUUGCCACAUGUUUAACAUUCAGCAACCAUACCACUUAACUUCGUGUUCUGUCAGGUUCUUCUUGUUUCUGGGACAUAAAUGAUCAUACUGUUGAUAAUUAAAUAGCAACAAAAAAACACAGGAAAAUCUGUGAAAGUGUGGAAAUGAGAUUUAAACAUAAUUGAACAUGAUAUAUACAUACUGAACAUUUUCAGUUACCAAAUACACUCGUUAGUACCAUAGUAAUGUUCACUUACAUGUAUCACAUGAGGACUUCAGAUUGAACUUUUUUC